AUGAAGUUCAGCGCUCUCCUCCUCUUGGGCAUCAGCUCUUUGGCCGCGGCUGCCCCACGCCCAGCAACCACUGCCUGCGACUGCGGCGCUGCUGUCACUGACCGCCUGCUGUUCAGCACCACCAUCUCGGCCUUCCAAACCGCUCGCAACACCCAAAACCCACCAUGCUGCGACUGGAGCUCCGACAACUGCUCUAGCUCCCCAGAUAUGCCACGAGGAUAUAACUUCGUCCCAUCUUGCCAGCGCCACGACUACGGAUACCGCAACGGAAAGAGACUCAAUCGCUUCACUGAGGACUACCGCAAGAAGGUUGAUGACAACUUCAAGUCUGAUUUGUACAACUACUGCAACCAGUUCUCCGGCCUCGAGAGCUGGAAGGGAGUUGAGUGCCGCCGCUAUGCCGACAUCUACUAUUUCGCCGUCCGCGAGUGUGGUGAUGGAGACUGCCUUUAA